AUGUCUUCUUGCUCUAGAGACCUCACUGUACACCAGAGAAUUCACACAGUGGAGAAACCCUAUGAGUGUAAAGAAUGUAAAAAAAGAUUCUCAAGGCAGAAACACCUGAAAGAGCAUCAGAGAAUCCACACAGGGGAGAAGCCCUAUGAAUGUCAAGAAUGUAGGAAAAGUUUCUCCCGUUCUGGACACCUCCUCAUCCAUCAGAGAAUACACACGGGAGAGAAACCCUAUAAAUGUAAAUAUUGUCAAAAAACUUUCUCCCAACAUUGCCAUCUAAAAUCACAUGAGAGAGUUCACACAGGAGAGAAACCCUAUGAAUGUAAAGAACGCAACAGAUCUUUUUCUCUCAAUAAACACCUCAUGAAACACCAGAGAACACACAUUGGAGAGAAACCUUAUGAAUGUCAAGAAUGUAAGAAAGCUUUCACGUCCCAUGACGGUCUGAAAUUGCACCAGAGAACCCACACAGGAGAGAGACCGUAUGAAUGUACAGAAUGUAAGAAAGCUUUCUCAUCACAUAGAUGUCUGAAAUGGCAUCAGAGAACCCACACAGGAGAGAGACCGUAUGAAUGUACAGAAUGCAAGAAAUCUUUUUAUUACAAAGAAAACCUCAUUGUACACCAGAAAGCACACACUGGAGAGAGACCUUAUGAAUGUCAGGAAUGUAGGAAGACGUUCUCAGCACUUGCAAGUCUGAAAGUGCAUCAGAGAAUCCACACAGGAGAGAAACCCUAUGAGUGUGAGGAAUGCAGGAAAACUUUUCCAUACAAGAACAGCCUCGUCCACCACCAGAGAACGCACACUGGAGAGAAGCCUUAUGAAUGUCAAGAAUGCAAGAAAAGAUUUUCUUGUAAGAAAACCCUCGUCAUACAUCAGAGAAUGCACACUGGAGAGAAACCCUACGAAUGUCAAGAAUGUCAGAAAGCAUUCUCACAACAGAGACUUCUGAAAGUGCACCAGAGAAUCCACACAGGAGAGAAACCCUAUGAAUGUCAAGAAUGUAGGAAAACUUUCUCUCAUCUCAGAAGUCUGAAAGUUCACGAGAGAACCCACACAGGAGAAAAACCCUAG